AUCGGACCUUUCUUGCAGCAUGUUGGUGGUAUCUCGAGUAAGUUCGGAUUCGAUACUCAUGUCAGCGGGAAAAGAUACGGGGUAUUUUAUCGUAGAUUUUCUUCCUCUAACAAYUCUUUCUUUCUUGUCGGAUUUUUCGCCGAAGGUUCUCUKGCUGCAGGACUUACCUCUUCCGUCACAAUCGGAUUCGUCUUUGGACUCUUGAGGGGCAAUAGAUUUUCCAAGAUGGACACCAUUAAAGAAAAGAUGGAAAUGAUCAAAAAGAAUCGURCAAUAUCAGUUCUAGCAGCUCUGGGUCUAGCUGUUUGUGGAAUCGAUGGGGUAUCUCAACUGGUAGGCGGAAACACGAACCUUCUCAUASCGGCUAUUACUUUGCUUUCAGGUCUUGUCUCGAGCGCUGUAUCGUUUCAAUUUUACCAAUUUGGAAAUCUCAUGUCCGUCAACAUCUUUCCGGAACACAAAUCUGUGGCCCUGUCGUUCAYGGAUGCGGUUGGCUUCUUCACUACUGCUGGUGUUCUUGGAGUUAACAGCCACCUUCUGGGAAACUUUGGAUGGUGUGCAUCAUGGGCAUUUAUUGCCACAGCCUUCGCAGUUGGUGGCAGUUGCAUGGCGCGAGCGAUGCAACCUGUGCUGGUCCAAGUGAGCGCAAACCAUCAGUAGUAUUGRUGAUACUUGUACCAUUCUUGGUACAUCAGUGUUCCAUCUCGUAACUUUUUGAGUAACMAACUCUGCGCAACUUUGUCGUGGGAUGAGCAUAGAAUAGAAUAUUAGGAAAACC